AUGACUCACGAUAUCAACUCACCCAACGACAUGGUCAUGGACACGGACGAUUAUAUCGGCGUGGCCAACGAGCCAGAGAAGGUCGCCAUCAUUAACCCCGAUAACCUCGAACAAAGCGAAGUCGACCAGCUGCAAGAUCUGCCCAUGGCAAACGACGAUGAAGCCAUGAGAGAGCUCUGUCUUCCACCCCUCAUCGAUGAACCGAAAAUACUUGGAGACUACGAAUACACAUGGACUGUCGAAAACUGGCGAAGUUUGAAUAAGAAGGAACAUGGUCCUAUUUUCCAAGCUGGUGGCUUCCCAUGGCGAAUUCUGCUUUUCCCACACGGCAAUAACAUCGACCAAUGCUCUAUUUAUCUCGAACAUGGCUUCGACGCUGAUAGUGUUCCCGAUAACUGGAGCUGCUGUGUUCAAUUUGCGCUCGUCCUAUGGAACCCGAACGACCCCAGCCUAUAUGUCCAUCACACUGCCCACCAUCGAUUCACUAAGGAAGAAGGUGAUUGGGGUUUUACUAGAUUUGUUGAGCACCGCCGAAUGUUUAAUGUACCAUGGGAGGGCAGCAGCCGACCCCUCUGCGAAAAUGAUACUGCCAACAUCACCGCCUAUCUUCGCCUCGUCGAGGAUGAGACGGGUGUUUUGUGGCACAACUUCGCCAAUUACGAUUCCAAGAAGGAGACUGGGUACGUUGGGCUCAAGAAUCAGGGUGCCACCUGCUAUCUGAAUUCCUUGAUGCAAUCACUCUAUUUCACAAACAAGUUCAGAAAGGCCAUCUACGAAAUUCCUACGGAGGCCGACCCCAGUAUGACAAACAGUGCUUAUACACUGCAAAGACUUUUCUACCAGUUACAAACGUCAGACCAGGCAGUUGGAACCACGGAGCUCACGAAAUCUUUCGGCUGGGACACACGACAUAUCUUCGAACAACAGGAUGUGCAGGAGUUUUCACGCAAGCUCAUGGAGAGGAUGGAAGACAAGAUGAAGGGAACUGCAUCGGAGAAUGUCCUGCCAGAAAUGUUCAGUGGCAAGAUCAAGACGUACAUCUCAUGUAUCAACGUCGACUAUGAAUCCAGCCGAAUCGAGGACUUUUGGGACAUUCAGCUGAAUGUCAGUGGUAAUAAGCAUCUGCUCGAGAGUUUUGAGGACUACGUUCAGGUCGAAAAGAUGGAUGGAGAAAAUCAAUACUUUGCUGGUGACCAGUACAAGCUCCAGGAUGCGAACAAAGGUGUCAUUUUCAACAGCUUUCCUGACGUACUCCAUCUACAACUGAAACGCUUCGAGUACGAUAUCCAGCGCGAUACCAUGAUGAAGAUCAAUGAUCGAUACGAGUUCCCCGAGUUUUUCGACGCUGCGCCGUACCUAUCCGAGGAUGCCGACAAAUCUGUUCCAUGGACGUAUCAGCUUCACAGCGUUCUAGUCCACAGCGGUGAUCUGAACGCAGGUCAUUACUAUGCCUUUUUGAAGCCUGAAAAGGACGGAUGGUUCUAUAAGUACGACGAUGAUAAGGUCACCAAAGCGACUAUGCGCGAAGUGUUGGAAGAGAAUUUUGGUGGAGAGUAUCAAACAUCCAACGGUUACCCGCGUGCGCCUGUGCAAAAGAAGGCUCCCAUUAUGCGCCAAAACAGCGCAUACAUGUUGGUGUAUAUCCGCCAAUCUCGUAUAGAUGAUAUCCUGUGUCCGGUUACCAAGGAUCAUAUUCCGCUUCAUCUUAGGCAAAAAUUUGAGGAAGAGACUGUUCAGCGGGAGGCCCGUAAGAAAGAACAGCGAGAGGCGCAUCUAUACAUGUGGGCCAAGGUUAUCACUGAUUACUCGUUUCAGCAAUUUGGCGGCACAGAUUUGUGUCAGUUUGAUGCAAAGCCUGAGGAUCCCGCUGCGCCCAAGUUCUAUCGUGUGCGUCGCGCGAUGACCAUGGAGGAGUUUGUUGCGCAAGUUGCAUCAGAUAUGGGCGAAGAUCCACGAAGGGUACGACUUUGGCUCAUGGUCAAUCGACAGAAUAAGACAGUUCGCCCUGACCAACCCAUCAUGGAUUUGCGACCUACAGUCGACGAGACUUUCUCCCGUUCCGCUGCCCACAGAGAUGCUAGUUUACGUGUGUGGGCUGAGGUUGCCGAGGAGGUCAAUGCUGACGGAGAGCCAAUCUGGCCAUCUUACCAGAGUCAACCCAAUGGUGUCAUCGUCAAGAAUGACACCAUCUUACUUCUCCUUAAGCACUUCGAUAUCGAUGCCCAGACGCUGCGGGGUGUCGGCCAUGUCUACAUUUCCAAGGACAAGAAAGUCGAAGAACUGCUACCAAUGAUCCUGAAGAAAAUGGGAUGGGGAGAGAAGCUACCUGCCGAGGAGAAGCUUCUGCUUUGGGAAGAGAUCAAGCCUACUAUGAUUGAACCUCUCAAGCCCAAGCAGUCGCUGAAGGUUGCCGAAUUGCAAGACGGAGACAUUAUCUGCUUCCAGCGAACCAAGGCUGGCGUCGAAAAGCGCGCCGGUGAAAAGAUUUCGCAAGAAACAAGUAACACAUCUGAUCAUUUCGAGGAUGCGCGUGAAUACUACGAUUUCCUCGAGAAUAGGCGAACCGUUAAGUUCCACCCGCAUCCCAGUCGAUGUGACCAGGCGCAGUAUCCCCCGUUCGAUCUCGUGCUUAACACUAAGAUAACUUAUGACAUGCUUUCAGAGCGUGUUGGAGCGUAUUUGGACGUGAACCCGACACAUAUUCGGUUUUGGACAGUGAAUGCCUCGACGCAAAACCCCAAAACGCCGGUUAGACGCGGAGCAAACCCAACACUACGACAGAUUCUCAGCCCUAUGGGUUCAACUGCUCUCAACUCCACUCAAAGAGAUGAUGCCUUUUAUUUUGAAGUUCUUGAGAUGAGUUUAACAGAACUCGACACCAAGAAGAGCAUCAAGGUCAAUUUGCUGAGUGAAGGCAUCACCAAAGAGGAUACAUACGAUCUGCUCGUCCCCAAAACAGGAACUAUUGACGAUUUAGUCGAGGUUUUGAUAAGAAAGGCGCAAAUACCAAGCGAGACGGAUGGCGGAAGAAUCCGCAUUUACGAAACUAGCUCCAACCGCUUCUACCGCGAGCCUCUACGCGAACACCCCGUUAUUAACUUGAACGAGUUUGCGAAGAUCUAUGCAGAACGAGUUCCUCAAGAGGAGCUCAAUGCCGACGAUACCCAUUUUAUUCAUGUCUUCCACUUCCACAACGACGUUAGCCGCGUUCAUGGCGUGCCUUUCAAGUUUCUGGUCAUCGAGGGCGAGAGCUUUGCAGAUACCAAGAAGCGAUUGGAGAAGCGAACCGGAAUCAAAGGCAAGAGUUUUGAGAAGAUCAAAAUCGCUGUUGUGCGACGAGCCAAUUACUCAAAACCCCAAUAUCUCAAUGACGAUGAUGUGCUAUCAAGUUUCAUACAAGGGGAAGACGACUACCUCGGCCUUGACCAUGUAGAUAGAACGAGGACAUUGAGGAACGGCGUUGGGGACCUGUUCCUUAAAUAA